AUGAUAAUUUAUGGAGCUUUUGAUAAAAAAUUUAGUAACAACAGAAUCAACAUUAAACCAUUUUAAAUUGACAUUUCUCCAAAUAGUACAAUAGAAGAGUUGAAAAUUUUGAUUACACUCUAGUUCACAAAUCUGUCUUUGGAAGAUUUUGAUAUUCUUAAUUCUCAAGGAGUUAGAUAAAGAGAUACUUCAUCAGUACAAGCCCUUUAUUAAGAAAGAUAGGAUGUUGUUUAAAUAUUUGUAACUAAUUCUAGCAAUUUAAAUGCAACAUGCUGCAAUUUAAUAUGA